AGCUUGUUGAUACACGAUUGUGGAACAAUAAUGGCCGCUCAGGCCUCAUAAGCUCAAAGGUCAGUAAGCGAGAUUUUCUACGCCUUCACUCUAACUUUCAUCCUCUGGAUAUCAUCCACUUGCCUACGUCCGAGUACUCCACUGGUCCAACCCUAUCCUGGUUGACAUGAAAUCUUUGACAAUCAAGAUCCCUCCGGCUCCGAUAUCAUCUUCCGAUGCCACGCCACUCGGCACUCCAGAUCCUGGACUGUGGCAUCGAAAGACUCAGAAUCCUGUGGUCAUUCGUGCAGGUCCAACGCUAUUUCGCGUCGACGCUACAUGUCUUUGUCGGGAAUCUGCUGUAUUCUCAGGGUUUAUGCGACAACUUCCGCGAGUAUCUUCCGCAGGUCUUUGUCCCUGGAUUGAAGUUAGUGAUACUGCAGAGGAUGUCCGGAAUCUAUUAGGCUUCUUGUAUGACGACCAACACGUACCAAAGGACGUCGAUGAAGUACUCUCUGCCUUGCGCAUGUGCGCACGGUACGAAAUGGGAGGGUGGACCCUCGUUCACGAACGGCUAUAUGAUUUCCUCAUGCUGAUAUACCCCUCAACGUUGGAAGACCUAGACCACUUGCAAGUUCAACAAAUUUUCUACCCUCAGAUUCAGCGCCACUAUUGGCUGAACAGCGAUGUCUGUUUUCGACUGUUGAAUGCUCUUGCAAACAUCAGGAACGAGAUAGAUGACUAUACUCAAGUGGAUGACCUUUGGUUUGGCCUGCUUCUUUGUUGUGCUACGCGUCCUUUUGAAGACAUUGACCAAGGCAUCGUCGACUUGGACGGGAACUGGUGGGAACUUGACCCGGAACUGCGGGAGUUCAUCUUACACAAAGCCCGCCCAAGCCUUGACUACAUAGCGCGGAAGAUGACCUACGGUUUCAUCUGGAACAUAAAGUAUCAUCCGUUAUACCUUGAUACACAUCGGCUACGCGGUACGACAUCCAGUGGCAUACGCAAAAAGUGGCCGAAACGAGUAUCCAAAGCACAUCUGGCUAAACAGUGUCAACGUUUUAGGGGAGACCUGAAAGGAGAAGUUGAUAUGUUCAGAGAUGCGCAUACGGGAUAUGUGAAUCCAUUCUGGAUACCACUCACAUUUCGUGCUGGCAAGCUUUUGGAGUGUGUGACAUGCUGUCGGGAAUGUCGAGAGACUUGGAUGACGUACAUAGAAGAAGGCCGUACUCGUGGGUGGCAGGAAGUUCUCUCUCUUUUCAGAGCAUGCAAUACUAUGGAAGAAUAGUGACCUUAAUGAGAACCUGAAUAAUAAUACCGCGUAUUGGAGACACUAGAAAUUGACAGCGGAGUGCACUAUAACUGUCUUGAACUGCAUCGCUAGAUUACACACGUCGGAGCACUGGCUACGAGACGAAUUAUGCUAGCCAUUUGGAUGAUGGCUUUU